GUAAAGCUGAGCUGCGGGCGGGCUGCGGGCACAGCUCGGAGCACGGCGGGGAGCACAGCAUGGGGAGGACGCCGCUUCCCCGCUGGGGCCGCCUGAGCUCCGCGCUCCUCGCCGCCGCCUGCGGACUCCUGAUCGCGGCUCGCGGCCACACGGAGGAACCCGAGGAUCGGAGGGGCCAGGCCGGCUGCCCGGUGAGACUGGAAAGCCGAGGGAGGUGCGCCGAGGGGGGCGACUGUCCCGUCCAGCUGCGCCUGCCCCCGCUGACCAUGGAGCUCCCGCAAGAGCUGGGCAGGAUCCAGGAGGUCCUCAAAGAGGUGCAGACCCUCAAGGACAUCGUCAGCAGCCUGAGCAAGUCUUGCCAAGACUGCAGGCUGCAGGCUGACGACAACCGAGACCCCGAGGGGCACGGAGCCCCGGGGCAGGCAGGCGAGGACCGGGGCGACGAUGCCAGGGUCCAGGAGCUGGAGAGCCAGGUGCACCAGCUGUCCUCGGAGCUGCGGGGCGCCAAGGACGAGAUCCACGAGCUGCACGGCCGCCUGGAGCAGCUCAGCCUCGUCAACAUGAACAACGUGGAAAACUACGUCGACAGCAAAAUGGCCAAUCUAACGUUUGUGGUCAACAGCUUGGACGGCAAGUGUCCGUCCAAGUGUCCCAGCCAGGAAGAGAUCCAGUCACCGCCGGGCGGCAUGGUUCAACAUCUGAUAUAUAAAGAUUGCUCUGACUACUAUGUAAUAGGCAGAAGGAGCAGUGAGACCUACAGAGUCACACCGGACCCCAGAAACAGCAGCUUCGAGGUGUAUUGUGACAUGGAGACCAUGGGAGGAGGCUGGACGGUGCUCCAGGCUCGCCUCGAUGGAAGCACCAACUUUACCAGGACAUGGCAAGACUACAAAACAGGCUUUGGAAACCUCAGGCGAGAAUUUUGGCUGGGCAAUGAUAAAAUUCAUCUUUUGACCAAGAGUAAGGAAAUGAUUCUGAGAAUAGAUCUUGAAGACUUUAAUGGUGUCAAAUUAUACGCCUUAUACGAUCAGUUUUACGUAGCUAAUGAAUUUCUCAAAUACCGCUUACACAUUGGCAGUUAUAAUGGCACUGCUGGCAAUGCUUUACACUUCAGUAAACAUUACAAUCACAACCUGAAGUUCUUCACCACCCCAGACAGAGACAAUGACCGAUACCCCUCUGGGAACUGUGGGCUCUACUACAGCUCGGGCUGGUGGUUUGAUGCAUGUCUUUCCGCAAACUUAAAUGGCAAAUAUUAUCACCAAAAAUACAAAGGUGUCCGUAAUGGGAUUUUCUGGGGCACUUGGCCUGGUAUGAAUCAGUCACAGCCUGGUGGUUACAAGUCCUCCUUCAAACAGGCCAAAAUGAUGAUCAGGCCCAAGCACUUUAAGCCAAAACUUGGCAGUGCUCAUCUUUCCAGGUAUUCCCUAGGAGAGCCAUGAAUUCUGUCAGCACUUUGCCAUAUGCCCGAUUUCAUAUACCUUUCCUAUGGUUCAAAAGUUAUCUUUGAGUUACCUUUGAGAGUUGGUGCUUAUGCUAUACAGCUUCUGAUAGCUGAAAAAUAUGCAUUUUAAAAUAAAGACUCCUUUCUUGUUCUUGUAUGCUUGAAAACAUUGCAGAUACUUACAAUUGUAUAUUACAUUUGUAAGCCUUUUAAAUUUCUAUGAAUUGGAAAAUUCUCUAUUAUCUGUUUUCUCAAACACAUUUGUUUGACAAACUAGAUUCUCCCCAGUCACAUUUGAAAACUCCUUUCAGGUUACAGGUGUCUGGAUAUCUGUCUCUAAGAAGUGUUGCAUUUACUUUGGGACAAAAACAACUUACAGAAUUUUAGGUCUCAAGCAAGAGGAAAUAAUAUGUGUAACCACAUUUAUUCAUAUAAUAAAAAUGAAAUGUAAAAUAUGCCAUUAAAAUAUUGUAAAACAUAUAGUGCUAUCCCUCCCCCAAAAUAUUGAAAAAUAGUGCAACUUUUAAGACCUUGGUUUUAAGAAAAUUCAUUCACAACUAAUCUAUUUUCUUCCUGUAUUCUCUAUGCAUAAUAGUUAUAAAUGUAAGAUUGCUCACACUGUGCUAGACUACUGGUAGGCUUUCUUUUGGGGGAGAAGUGGUAGGGAAAGAAGUAUUUAUUUAUACUUUGAAAGGAAAUCUUAUAUACAAAGCAAUAAUAUCACUGUAUAACCUAUUUCAUAGUAAGCUAGGUUUUCUAGAAUUUAUUUAUUAAAAACAUUAAAUUUAGCUGGGUGUGUUGGUACACAUUUUUAAUUCCAUGCAAUGUCCCAAUGCAAUAUCUUAGCAAUAAAUUUGAUCUUCAAUUUCUAGGGUUAAUAUACUAAUAAUCCUUUCAAAAUGCAUUCAAAAGGUUCAUCUUUAACCAUCCUUUGAAAAUUAUUAAGGAUAACAGUUGUUUCCAAUAAUAAUUUAAGUUUUCAAAUAUGAAUUCAUUAUAGAAAAUCUUUUUAAAGUAGAAAAAUACUAUUUUGAAAAUAUUUAACAUUAUCUUCACAUGAUGGCUCAUGCCUUUAAUCCCAGCACUUGGGAGGCAGAGGUAGGAGGAUCACUGUGAGUUUGAGGCCACCUGAGACUACAUAGUAAAUUCCAGGUCAGCCUGGACUAGAGUGAGACCCUACCUUGAAAAACCAAGGGGGGGAAAAAUACAAAAAAAUUUAACAUGAAUUUUUCAAGUAAACAUGAUGAAAAUUAAGCUAUUGUGCAUACUAUUGAAAUGUCAGAAAGAAAUUCAUGCAGAAGUAAAUAAUCAAAAUAUAAAAUGUGGUAGAUUUCACAGGCUGUCUACAUAGUUGGUGGGACACUAAAUGCAGAUAGUAUAAUUGGCUUAUUUCCCUUUGUUUUUAAAAUGACUCAGAAGAUUUUGAUAUUAUAUCAUGUAUGUGUUUUGUAUACUAUUUUCUUUAACCAUCAAUAUAUGUAUAAGCUCACAAAAUAUGAUUCUAAAGAGAAACAUAUGCUCAUAUAAAGUACCCAUUGAUUUUAAUGGAUAGUAGAAAUACAAAUUUGAUAAUUAAUCCAUGUGAAUAUCAUUGUACAUUAUCUUGUUUUUUAUUAUACUUUUGACAUUUUAUAAUGAAUUCUUUGACACAGAAAUUUAUUUUUUAAACAUUUAUGUCUCUCACAACAUAUAUUGUAGACUUUGAUAAUCUUUAACAUGUUUAAGAAAUAGCUUAUGUUUGACAGAGUCCUUUGGCUUAAUAUAACUAUCCACUGAUAUAUGCUAAUGGUCAUAAAACUACACUAUUUAUGAAUAUAUGAGUCUGGGUUUUAUUUUGAAAACUAAUAUUGACUUUAAUUAUGACUUUAUUUUUAAUAUGUUCAUCUUUUUAAAAUGUUGCCUGAAACUAGGUCCUGAGAAAUUUUGAGUAGAAUUAACUCACCUAUCAUAAAACAUCAUUUUACUGAUUAGUAAUGCUCCAAAUAUAUUAAUGAUUUAAUCCAAUGAUUAAAGAGUUUAAGUGUAUAAGCAUAAAAAGCACAUAAAUGACAAAUUUUGCUGGCCCUUGUUUAUCAGAAGCUAUCCAAGGAAAGUUUUGAGAGGUAAACAGGAUAGAAAUAUUAAUACAACAUGCUAUUGUUUAAAAUUAUCUUAUGAAUAAUUAUGUUUCAUGUCUUUUUAAAGCUUUGGAGAAUAAAAGAUUUAAUCUCA